AUGGGCAAGUCAAUCUCCCUCUACAUAUACGUGAGGGUUAUUGACUAUUUGCAGAGGGAGUUAGCUAAUACAUCUUGGGAAUUGAGUAUUUUGUUGCCAAACCAUAAAUUUGGGAAAAAAGGGGAAGAAAAGGGUUCUGAUAAAGCUUGUAUUUCCAUUAAUAUUGAAGCUGGUAAAUUUAUAGACAGGUUAUCAGAGCCUUUGGGACAAACGAACAAAAAAUGGUUUAUAAAUUUGACAGAUGUAAACAUUCCUACAGAAGUUUCUAAUUUAUUACAAUUUGGUAACAAUUUUAAUCUCCCGGACUCUAAUAAUAAAGUAAAACAAAUUAGAGAAUUUAUUAAGGACAUAGAAAGUAGUACGAACAAGAACAGCAAUAAUUUAGCUUUGAUUACACAAAUUAGAAAUAUUGCAAUUCCAGAAUUCCACCAAUUCUUACAUAAUAACAAUAACAUUAACAAUGCUGAUAAAAAAAUCAAUAAGAUGUUAAGAUUUACGACAAAUUGGUGUAAUAAUAAUAAAGAUAUAAUCUUUACGAGAGCUGAUAAGGGUAAUGCUACAGUAGCCUUAGAACUGAAAUUUUACAAUAACAAAGUUUUAGAACUACUUAGUGACUCGGAAACAUAUGCAGUGGUUAGAAAGAAUCCUUCAUCAAUAAUAGAAAAAAAUCUUAAUGAUAUGUUAAAAAAAUGGCAUAAAAAAGACUACAUUAAUGAUAGAGAAUUAUGGCGUCUCCGAUCUAGCGAUGCAUUGUUACCAAAAGCAUACGCUCUACCAAAAAUACAUAAAGAAGGUGUUCCAUUUAGAAUCAUAGUUUCAUCAGUUAAUACAGCGUUGUACCAUUUAGCUGGCUUCAUACAGGACAUCAUUUCGAAAAAUAUUCCUUCUGCAAAUAGUAAAGUUAAAAAUAGUUUUGAUCUUUAUGACAAAUUAACUGGAAUGGCUCUUGAAGAAUCGGAGAUUAUGAUAUCACUAGAUGUACAGUCACUGUUCACAAACGUUCCCAUAGAUUUAGCGAUAGUAGGAAUAGAGAAAAGAUGGGACUCCAUAAAAGAGGCUACAAAAAUUCCAAAAACAGAAUUCAUUAAUGCUAUAAAGUUCAUUUUAAAUUCAACAUACUUUACUUUUAAUGGAACUAUUUAUAAACAAACGUUUGGUACUCCCAUGGGAUCCCCUCUUUCCCCUAUUAUAGCAGACAUCGUCAUGGAGGAUUUAGAGGAAAAAGCUCUUUGUUUUAUUAAUCCUCGAUUGUCUGCUUAUUUCAGAUAUGUAGAUGACGUCUUUUUAAUUGCCUCCAAAGAUACAGUACCUCAAAUAUUGAAAAUGUUUAAUGAACAACAUGACAGGCUUAAAUUUACAAUCGAAUAUGAGGAAAAUCACAA